AAUUUUCUGAGGUACAGACCACGCUAUAUAUGUAGGUCGAUAAUUCUUGUAAAUUUUUCUAAUAAUAUUCAAUUUUAAAAAGUUUAGAAUUUCAUACACGUUCCGAGUACAAAAUGUAUACAAAAGUACGAUCAGUUCGAUUCAAAUUUUAACCCUUUCCGAAUGGACAGCACAUGCAAACGGUUACGAAGAAAAGUGGCAACGUUGCUUUUCGCUUGUUUAGGUUGCGGUGUUGCAGAUACUCGAUGCACGGGUAUCACAGUGUAUCUUCGUUUCUGGCAUUUAUCGUAAAUAUAACGUAAUUUUGUAAGACAAAGAACAUGUGCAUCACUGAUUGAAGAUCAUCUGCAUUAUAACAUAACAUCAAAGAAUUGUAAAUUUUGGAGAUAAAUGGAUGACCUGUGACAUCGUCUUAUAUAUCUCAUCUCUUCUAUAAUGGAGGCUUUAAGAAAUGAGACAGUACAUACUCCCGAUUCUAUGCAUUCAUUGUCUUGUAUCGCUACUCAUCUUGAUGACUUAUCGAAAGAAAAGGAAGACGAACUAUUAUAUGGAGCAGGUGAUGAUGGCGAUGAGGAAGAUGCAUUAUCAGAUGACAGUAUGCGUUUGAGACUGUCCGACGACGACGACGAGGCUGAAUUACCAUCUAUCAUAGAUGAAACUCCAAAAUUAAAAGAUAAGAAGAUUGAAGUGACAUCUGCGGAAAGCGAAGACAUGCAAGUUUCUCCUGUUCCAGAAAAAAAAAUAAUAGGGAAUGACUCAACAGCGAGGGAAAAAAGCGAAGAGGAUCGUUACACAGGUAAUUUUUCCACGGAUGACAAAGUAGUAAUCUAUCAUGAAAAGAGUACCCGACGAUAUGAAAAUGGAUUUCCGAGGCCAGUAAUGAAUUCCAAGCCUCGUUAUCCAUGGUCAAGUUAUGAUUCUCAAUGGAGGUUUGGAAGUACCCCUCGUAAUCGCUCAUUUUGUAGUGUCAAUCAUAUUUCUUAUACCAGGCAUCGUUAUUCAACACCUAGAGGACAUUAUAGAGGUCAUUUAUACGAUUAUAAUAACAGAUUUCACAAUGCAUUUCUUCCUUUUGAACGAGGAAGAGGCAACGGAAAAUUUAAUUCGUAUUAUACAUUCAUGUAUGGCAGUAGACAACAAAAGAAACCUUACAAAUCUGCUACUAUGAUGAAACCUAAUCCUACAAGUGAAUUUGACAAAAAUUUUGUCUCUCUUUCAAAUACAGAUGUGUCUUCAAAAAAUGAACCUGACACCAGUAUCAAAUGUGAAAACAGUACUAACACGAACAAUGGAAAGUGUAAUGCGUUAGAUAGCGAAUGUUCUUCGAUCGGUACCGACAAAGAUACUGCGAAUUCAAAUGAAGUAGAGAAAAAAGAUCUGGCAGAUAGUAAAACUGAAAUAUUAUACGAGGAAAGUUUUAUCAAUAUCAGUUGCAUCAAUAACACCUUGGAAGUACAGCGUAAAGUAAUAAUUGCUCAAGAAAGUUCGAAAACGAUACCACCAUCUAAUAAUGUUGAAUGUAACGAUAUUACUACUAUUGGAACUAAUACCUUUAACGAGUCCUCUAGGGAAAAGAACACAAAUUCUUUAAUAAAUUCUCAUGAUAACAAUAAGGAAAUAAUUAAAGGAGAUAAAACUAGCACGGAUCAUGUUGAUUCUGAUUGCAAUGAUUUAGAUAAUUCCAACAAUUUCAACAUAUUGGAAAAAUUGUUGACGGAUGGCACAAAAUGUAAGUCUGACGACGACGAUAUUAUAGAAUGUACCACAGAGAAUACUAAAAGUAAUGAAAAACAGAAUGAAAUGAUACAAACUGAAAUUGAUUCAGAUGCGAAUGAAAGUGAACGAAUCAAACGUAUUCCUACAUUAGAAAAGCACGAACUUAACAAGAGUCACCAGGCUGCAGAAACAAAUCAUAGAAUAGAAUCUAUCGAAGAUAAUUCUAAUAGUUUAAUAGGGGCAAAUAUCACGAGUACUAAUUCCAUAGUAAAGGAAGAAGUAACAAGAAGUGAAAAAGACGUUUCUGUGCGAGUCAUGACAUCGAAUGAAGAAAACAAAGAUAAUGUUCUCAAAACGGAUACUACGAAAUUAAACGAAUUAAGUACUGUAGAAGGUGAUAAAGAAAUCGAAGUAAUACAAAAUAAUAUGCUUUCGGAACCACUUACUAAUGGCGUACAAUGUGAUAAAGACCAAUUAAAUGAUAGCGAUAAUAGUACAAAUGCUUUUAAAUUAUUUCAAGUACUACUUGUUCCUGAAGAACGGUUAAUUAAUUCGAAAAUUAGUCUUCAGGAGCAUAGGAAAGAUAUCGUUGAUGAAAAUACAAAAUCUAUAGAAAAAGAAAGUGCAGCUAUAAAUUCAGCGACUAAUAUAUCAAAACCAACCGAAAACAUCGGAUCCGCAUUGGCUGAAAAUAAUUCACCUGGUGUCAACUCGCAUAAUGUUUCAUUAGGUCUUGUUAUCGAUAUUAAAGACAAUAGUGGUGAUUGUGAUAGUGAUAAAAAAGUUGUUGGUGUUCCAGUAACUACUAAAAGGAGAAGAAGGCGAACAAAAAAAAAGAUCGCCGCAGCGCAAGAAGCUGCUUGCGAUGAAGAUAAGCAAGUUAAAGAAAGUGGAAGGCAAAAGAGAAGAACGGCUAAAAAUGCAGAAGAAAUAAUAAGGAAGAAAUAUCUUAAUCAUGAUAGCGAUUUAGAAUCGAGCGACGGCUCUGAAAAGUUUGUAAUUGUGAAUCAUAAAAUGAAUCAAGAUGCACGUCCUUUAUCUCCACCCUCUUUGAAACGAAAUUUUACCGCCUUUGAUGGCGCCACUGUGAAUGGUAGCGUUAAAAAAGUUAAAAUGAAUUGCGAAACUCCAUCCAAUGAAUUAGUAGUAGAGAAAAAUAAUCUUGAUAAUGUUAAAAAACUCGACUAUGUUCACAAGUUCUUCCGAAGAGAUCUGAAGGAAAAACUGCCAAAAUUGACGCAGGAAGAACUCGAAGAACUUCUAAUACAGAAAAUUGUUGAAACUAUCACGAUGCGUGGUGAAAUCGGUAAAUUGAGAGAACAAGCACGUAUAUCGGAAAGAAAUCAAGAAGUAACGCGUGCAAAGUGUCAGCAAUUGGCGAAGCAGAUUAAAGACUUCGAAAUGGUUUUAAGUCGUAAUGCUGCGGAUCGGCGAGCAAAUAAUGACAAACCAAUUCCACCAAUCAAAAUCAAUAGAUCUGUUGGAUUACAAGUUAACUUCAUAACGGAUCAUGGGAUGCAGAAUUUGCGACAACUACAACAGAAUUGUAACAUGAAACCCCUACCCGUUUCAAAUAGUUCUAAUACACCAAAUACGUCUAGCAAUGAAACAAAUAACGGAUCUAGUCCACGGAGAGGAAUUAAAGUAAGAUCUCCAAGACGAUCUGAACCAGCAGCUGGACAACAAGCUGUUGGAGUCUCGCAAAAUCACACCCAGUCGCCAAACAUUAUGCCUACUAUAACUCCCGCAGCUUUAGUUGUAGCUAAACCUGUAGAUACACAGCAUACUUUAACGUUACCUACUCAGUCUAAUGUUCAACAAAUCAUAUCAACACCACAGUCACAACAACCAACGCAAACCGUAGUUUUAAAUGGAAAGUUUACGAAUCAAAUAAAUCGUCAAAAUACUACUGUGGCUAUUGCGAAAUCAAGAACAAGCGACCUUAUCGAUCUUACGGACGAAGAAGAGAAAAGUAAAGUUGCUGCCAAUGUACCAGUUGUUACUACUACGAUAACCGAUCAACAAAUAAAUUUAGCACAAAAAACACAAUCUUGCUUCCAAAGGGUAAUUCAAACUAUUCCUGGGAAUGUAGCUAUAACAAGUCAACCUCCUAGUAUAAGAGUAGUACAACCCGCUAGCCAACCGACACCUACUGCCUUAGUGAAUAAUAUGAACGCUCCUCGAUUAGCAUAUGUGAUGCAAAGCGGUGUAGGUCCAACGCGGCAGUUACUAAUAACACCGAAUUCCAAUCCGAUGCGGCCAGUGACUUCUUGUAACAGAGCUUCGUUUUCGACUGUGACGUACAAACCUGGCAAUGUUGGAAUAUCAACGGUUGCAAAUGGAACGGUUAGAGUUUUGACAACAUCGGCUACCGCUCCGGCGGUACAAUUAAAGCAUCCUGCUCCUUUACCGGACACACGAAAAUAUAAUACUCUGAAUCCUAGUUUGAAGCUUCCGCCGCCAGCUCCGUCACUAAAAAUUUCUAAAACUUCGAAUGGCAUAGUACUAUCGUGGAAUAUGAGUUUGUCCGACAAACAUGCGGAUAUCGCUAGUUACCAAUUGUAUGCAUACCAAGAAGUUGCUGGAAUCUCUCCUAGUAUGUCGUUAUGGAAAAAAGUAGGAGAUGUUCGAGCUUUACCACUGCCUAUGGCAUGCACUCUUACGCAAUUUUCCGAAGGCAAUAAUUAUUACUUCGCAGUCCGUGCAGUUGAUACACAUUCCCGAAAAGGACAGUAUAGCACACCUGGCAAUAUUUCUUUAUAAGAUAUACGACCAAUACUAAUUAUUAUUUCAAUCCUAUUUUCAACGCACAGUUAUAAUGUAACAAAUCGUGUCUCGUAUAGCAACAAAUUCUUGCAGUCUUCGAAAUUAUCAUUUAAGGUUAAUUUAUCAUUAAGGGUGACCAGACGCCUUAAUUUAUCAUAAUCAAUUGCAUAUAAGAUAAAUUUGACAAAAAUUACAGGAGUGUUUGUAAUCAAGUAAGUGUGUUGUAUGGAAUACACAUGCGAAUGAAUCUAUUGUAUAGUAUUUGUUUAAUUAUAAGUAAUUAUUGUUCAUACAAUUGCUGGUAACUAUGAUAGACUGUAGCUAACAUAUUUUUCUUGUUCUUUUUGUACGCCUCUUAAUUUACAAAAUCAAAAAAUAUAAAUAUUAAUUCUGGCAAUGUAUAGUCUACCAUUCUGUCUUCGCUUAAAAACUUGCAAUAUAAGGAUUUUAUAAAAUUUGUGUCAUGUUUCAUGAAGUAUUAUUUAUACGUCACCCGGUAGCAUACGAUAAUGAAUUAUAAAAGAAUGUUUUGAAACUUGAUACAUACUAAACUAAUGACAUUAACGUGGUAGUGAAAUUUCAUGUCUGUAAAAAAAAUCAUAUAAAAUAUUCUAGUCAGGAAAAUUGUUUAGCAAUUGUUUCGAUAUUCACAUCUCGCAAAGACUGCUAUUAAUUAAAAACAAAUACGCAAUUACUUAAAAGUCUGAUAUCGAUAUUAUUAUUCACUGGAGGUGUUCAAAAAAUGUGGCUUCCUUGCAUUACAUAUUAAAUGUCAUCUGUUUUAAUUCGUUCAUUAAAUUUAGUUUAUUCUGAUUGUUACUUUGUAAACGAGUCUUGCUGAUACAUAAUUUGCUCAAUUUUUAUACAAUUGUAAUAAAUUAUAAAUGUUACGUGAUAUAUACAAUGUAGAUUUUAAUUACGUAAAGAAAGGCCAUGAAUCAGUAUCUGUAAAUAUUAAUCUCUACAUAUUCUGACCUUUAACAUUUGCAAUUAGGAUGUAUAUGAUCUAUAGUAUAAUUAUCUAAUACGUCGUGUCUAAGUUUCGAACAGUUUUGUGUGAUAAGAAUGUAUAAUAAAGUGAUUGUUCAUUUUGUA